AGUAUUUCUGCCAUCUUUGUUUGCAUUGCAGUGAGUCAUCAAAAGUCUGUCUUGUACCAACACCCGGAGCCUGCAUUCCUCUGGCACACCAUGCCGCUGUUUUCAAAGCCGGCCCGGGCGCUGGCAGGGGCCCCGGCUCGCCCGUCAAAGGCGGCUAUUCAUCCCCGUGCUGCCUGGAUGUCCGUCCGCAUCCGGCCCCUUCAUUUAGAUGCUGCGCGCUGCCUGGAGGGAGAGCCGGGCUGGGUGCAGCUGAGCCGGGCUGCCCGCGCGCUGCCCCCCCGCCCCUCCCCCCGGCUCCGCACCUCCCCGCCCCACGGCUCCCGCGCCGUUUGCUGCAUUCCCCGAGCAGCUGGCGGCUGCGGGCACGGCGGCCGGCGGAGCGGGCAGUGCGGGGCCCCGGGCGGCGGCGGCCAGAGAUGUGCCCGCUGGGGCCGCUCCCGCGCUGAGAGUCGGAGGCCUCCCGCGCCCGCCCGCCGCCCGCCAUGUCUCAGAUGCUGCACAUUGAGAUCCCCAACUUCGGGAACACGGUGCUGGGCUGCCUGAACGAGCAGCGCCUGCUGGGCCUCUACUGCGAUGUGUCCAUCGUGGUCAAGGGCCAGGCCUUCAAGGCCCACCGGGCGGUGCUGGCCGCCAGCAGCCUGUACUUCCGCGACCUGUUCAGCGGCAACAGCAAGAGCGCCUUCGAGCUGCCGGGCUCGGUGCCGCCCGCCUGCUUCCAGCAGAUCCUGUCCUUCUGCUACACGGGCCGGCUGACCAUGGCGGCCAGCGAGCAGCUCGUGGUCAUGUACACGGCCGGCUUCCUGCAGAUCCAGCACAUCGUGGAGCGCGGCACCGACCUGCUCUUCAAGGUGAGCUCGCCCCACUGCGACUCGCAGACCGCCGCCAUGGAGGACACCGGCUCCGAGCCCCAGAGCCCCUGCCACCAGCUGCCGCCCGCCGCGCCGGCGCCCCCCUACGCCGUGUCCCCCGCCGUGCCCAUCCCGCUGCUGACCCGCGUGAAGCACGAAGCCUCGGAGCUGCCCCCGGCUGCCGCCGCCCCGGGCCUGGCCGCCAAGCGCCCGCUGGAGCCCGGGCCCCGGGACGGCGCGGCGGGCACCGCGGUGGCAGUGGCGGCCGGCCCGGCCCCGCUCAAGCUGCCCCGCGUCUCCUAUUACGGGGUGCCCGGCCUGGCCACCCUCAUCCCCGGCAUCCAGCAGGUGCCCUACCCCCAGGGGGAGCGGACCAGCCCCGGCGCCAGCAGCCUGCCCACCACCGACAGCCCCACCUCGUACCACAACGAGGAUGACGAGGAGGAGGACGAGGCCUACGACACGAUGGCGGAGGAGCAGUACGGCCAGAUGUACAUCAAAGCGUCCGGCGGCUACGCAGUGCCCGAGAAGCCGGAGCCAGUGCCACUGGAGAGCCGCUCCUGCGUCCUCAUCCGCCGGGACCUGGUGGCCCUGCCCGCCAGCCUCAUCAGCCAGAUCGGGUACCGCUGCCACCCCAAGCUGUACUCGGAGGGCGACCCGGGCGAGAAGCUGGAGCUGGUGGCAGGCUCCGGCGUCUGCAUCACGCGGGGCCAGCUCAUGAACUGCCACCUGUGCGCGGGCGUCAAGCACAAGGUGCUGCUGCGCCGGCUGCUCGCCACCUUCUUCGACAGGAACACGCUGGCCAACAGCUGUGGCACCGGCAUCCGCUCGUCCACCAGUGACCCCAGCCGCAAACCGCUGGACAGCCGGGUCCUCAACGCCGUGAAACUGUACUGCCAGAACUUCGCGCCCAGCUUCAAGGAGAGCGAGAUGAACGUGAUCGCGGCCGACAUGUGCACCAACGCCCGGCGCGUCCGCAAGCGCUGGCUGCCCAAGAUCAAGUCCAUGCUGCCCGAGGGCGUGGAGAUGUACCGCUCCGUCAUGGGCGCCUCGGCUGCCGGCGUGGCCCUGGAUCCCGAGUUCCCGGCCGCCGCCCAGGUGUUCGAGCAGCGGCUGUACGCGGAGCGGCGGGGCGACGCGGCCGCCCUCGUGGCCCUGAGGACUGACGCCGCCCCCGCCGACCCGCCCUUCGAGGCCGGGGAGGAGGCCGAGGGGGCCGGCCCCGUCAUCCAGGAGGUGGCCGCGCCCGAGCCGCUGCCCGCCGACGGGCAGAGCCCCCCGCGGCCCUUCGAGCAGGGCGGCCCGGGCUCCCGGCCCCCCACGCCCGCGGCCCGCCGGCCGGACGCCGCCUACGCGGGGACCCUGUAGGGCCGGCCGGCCUGCUAGCUGCUUGCAUGCGUUACUAAUACAACCAAUGUGAUCGAGCCACUCACCCACGAACGGCGCUGCCUGAAAACAAUGUGAUUCCUAUCCCGCUUGUAUUUAAGGUCCAUGAAGGAGACGGCACCCGGACUGUGAGCCAGGAGCCCCGGGUGCUCCAGCUCGGUCUCCACGUGUAGCUUCUCCCCCUUCUGGACGGAUCGGGCGCGCGGGCCGGGUGCCCGGCCGAGCCCCACCCCUCCCUGCCCCCCUGCCAGGGCGAAGCCAGGGACCCGCCCGCCGCCCCCCUGUGGCCGAACCCCUGCUGUCUCCUUCCUCCUGCACCGGGCCAGGCGGCCGGUCCCUGUGCGGGUGCGUGUGCGUGUGCGUGUGGGAGGGUGACCAGCCGUGAUGGGCCUUGCUGUCCCGGGACAGGAGAAAGGGCUCCUGGCUGGACCUGGGCUCCGCCCCACGGCCCCUCUCCCCCUCGCACCGGGGCCCCCUCCCCGGCUCCAGCCAGGUGCCGGCUGACCUGUGGGGCGUGGCCGCCUCCCGGGGGCCGGUGCUCCGCCGUGACAGGAUUCUGUGUGUGCCUUUGGGUCUGAACUCGGCUCCUCCGUGCACGACCUGGGACCUUUCAGACCCAAAGAGCGGACGGCGAGGGAGGACGGGGUGUCCCUGCCCCGACCACCGUGGUUGGGGGCGGGUCCUCUGCACAGGCCACGCCGGGGCAGGCGGCCCCCGGACGGCAGCCAGAGUGGUGCUGAGGCGAGGCCUUUGGGCCGGCCUGCAGCUGGGGGCCUGCUUGGUGAGGCAGGAGCCGGGCUGGGGCGGGGCGGGGCCGUGCUGUGCUCUGACCUGACCGUGGGGGAGCCCCACGCCGAGGCUGCGGGGGCCGGGGGGGCGGUGAGCACGGGCCGAGCGCGGCAGGUGGCAGGGCGCCCGGGCAGCAGGCGGGGGUCAGAGGGCACAGGGAGGGCGGCGAGGACCGGCCCCCGGAGCGGGGUGCUGGAGGAAUGGGGCUCCACCUCCCCAGCCCCCCACCCCCUGUGACUCAGGACCCACAAAGCCGAGCCACAUGGGGCCCCAAGGUGGGGCAGCCUGGGGCGGGGUGGGGGGCUUCUUCCCAGGCUGCGCGGAGCCUCCUGCCCCCCAUCCCCACCCCCCACCUGUGCCUGGCCUCCGGAGAGAUCUGGCAGCUUCCGGAAGGGGUGGAGGCUGGAGGGGGGGCAGGACCCAGGGUGGGAGGGAGCCGGAGCUGAGCUCAGUCCUUCCACCGCUGUCCCUGCCGGGGUCCUGUGCCCAAAGGGGCUGCGUCUCUGGGGCUUCAGACCAGCCACCUGGCCUCGCGCCCUUCCCCCCCCCCCCCCCCCGCCCCGGCCCAAGAGGGACCAGACGUGGGUCCUCCUGGGAGUGAGAGGAGGCGUGCCCUCAGCACCCUCAGGUGGACUCGGGGCCCUGCAGGUGGUGGAGGGUGAGGCUGACCCACCAUCUCCCCGCGGAGUUUCCUUGAUUUGCUCCCCCACCCAAAUUUGCACUUUAAUUUGACCCCCCUGGGGACCUCGGGCCUCCGUCCUGGCUGCGGACGGACGGAGGGCUCCCUGUCUCCCUCUCUCUCCUCCACCCCAGAGCGGGCACGGGCCCGCCGGGGCCAGGAAGCCAGGGCGCUCGGCCGGCCAGCGUGGCCGCACAGAGAAGGCCGGGCCGAGGCUCAGGCCAGCACAAUGUCCGUGGCCUCCGCCCCGAUGGCUGACCAUCGCCGUCCGCCCUGUGGCUCCGGGGGGCGGGGAGGGGGAAAGGCCGAGCGCAGGUGAAACUUGAAUCGUUCAAUGUGAAUGGGCCUGAGCUCCCGGCCCGAGGGCCAGGCCGGCGUUUUGCACUAAGUGCCCCGUGUGGGCGUGGGCGUGGGCGUGGGCCCGGCGCCUGGCGGGCGGCGUGGCUGAUGAUUGUAUGUGCUGGCGCCCGGCCGGGCGUCCCUGGGGGCCGCGGGGCCUGGCCCGCAGGCCUUCCAGAGUGCCUUAGCACCUUCCCUCUCCCCUCACCCGCCCCUUCCUCUGUUUACACGACUCCUUCCCGUCCCGCGGCCACCCUCGCCCCACGCCCUCGCCCCACGCCCCGUGGACGAGAGACAAGCCACUCAGCGUCUGUGAGAAGCUGCACCUUCUCCCAAGCUUGACUGUUAGCGACACGCACCCACACGCACCUGUCACGAGCGAGGCUCCUGGGGAGGGGCGGGCACCCACGGUGUGGCUGACGUGGCAGCCACGGGCCCGGGGUCCGGCCACGCCCCGCCCUCCUGCAGGGAGCGGCUGGGGUGGCGGAGGGCGAGGGUCCCGGGGCCCCCCGGGGGGGACCAGCCGUGGGACGGAUACUGUGAGCACGGCGGGGCCCCAGCCAUGGCGGCCUCGGUACUUGAAUUCUGUCUUGUUUUCUGCACUGUGUCUGGCCUUGGCCAGAGUUCUCUGUGGUCACUAACUGUGCAUUGGAUCCUGUUGUCUUACUGCCCUGACCGGACGCGAGGCCGGGAGAGCCCUCAGGGUGGACCCACAGCCCUGCAAUGGGGGGCCGGGCAGGGCUCCUGAGCCGCGGGGUGUUUGUGUUGAGAGCUGGAAGGAAGGCGGGAGGGGGGACUGGGGUCCCCGGGUGAGGGACUCGAGGAUGCGGCCCUGACCUGUCCCCCUCGGCAGCAGCACUGGCCCAGGGCCAGCCUCCCCGGCAGUGGCUGCUCCGAUUCCCCUCCGACGGGCGAUCUUUAUGGCAAUACUUUGCCGUAGGAAAAGGCCGAUGGCCCCAAACCACCUGGAAACUCGGAGAAAGCCUUUGCCUCAGCCGCAGCAACCCCGCAGAAUGGGGCACUCAGGUGCCCUGAGCUUUAGCUGCUGCUGCCGGGCCCGGCACUGGCGGCCCCACCCAGCACCCCCACCCGGCAUCCGGGACCGAGACCCUGAGGGCCAGUGCGAGCUGUUUCUGUCGUGGCGAAGGUUUGGGGUUGUUGUUUGUUUGUUUGUUUGUUGUGGUUCUUUGGGGGGAAAAAACCUGGAAAGGAAAAUUACGCAGGAUCUAAAAGGUUCGGCUUGGACCACCUGCUCGCAUUCCGGUCGGUCGCUUCCCUGUUCGCGUUUUGCACAUGACUGUAAUUUCUACGUCCACAGAAGCCAAAACUCGCAAUACUGUUCUCACCAGA